AUGUUAAUCUUCUCAUGGAACUGUCGAGGAUUGAGUAACAUCUCGACAGUCCGUAAUCUCAAGGCGUUUCUUAGGUCCUGCAAUCCCCAACUUGCCUUUCUUACUGAAACUCUAAUUGGUGAGUUAAAUUCUCAUAAUUUCUAUAAUUCGUUUGGUUUUGAUAAUUUUAAAUGUAUCCCGGCAAUUGGUAGAAGUGGUGGCAGUGUGAUUCUAUGGAACAAUGACAUUAGUUUGGAAGUCAUAAGUGCUGAUAAAAAUGUUAUUCAUUGUCGUAUUAGACAAACUCUUGGGCAAAACUGGAAUUUGUUGUGUGUUUAUGGUCCAUCAGAGCAUUAUUUGAGGAACAAUUUUUGGAAGCAUGGAGGUAGUCAGAAGCUGAACACCGCUAAUAAGGAGUUCAAGAACUUUAUUAGUGAUAGAAGGUUGAUUGAUUUGGGUUUUGUUGGAGCAACUUUUACUUGGUCUAAUGGAGUUGUGGUUGAUAAUCCUAUUUUUGAAAGACUGGACAUGGCUCUUUGUACUACUGAAUGGUUGCUUAUGUUUCCGUACAAUGGUGUUUUGCACCUUCCUAGAGUGAGUAGUGAUCAUGCUCCCAUUAUAAUUAACAUUCAUAGAACUAAUAAGAGGAAAAGGAAGUUCUCGUAUAAAUUUGAGUACUAUUGGGUGGAUAAUCCUGAGUUCAAUGAUGUUGUUCAUAGGGCUUGGACUUCUAGAAAUGGAAAUACUUUGAUAAAGAUAAAUGAGGUUGGUAUGGAGCUAAGUAAAUGGAGCAUAAAGAGUUUGGCAAUAUAUUCAGAGCUACAGAAGAUGCAAAGAAUGAGCUGUUGCAAGUUCAAUGUGAAGCCCAUAUCAGGGACACCAUAA